CACAUGGCGACACCGCUGACGCUCCUGCUGGUGACGGCCGCGCGUCUUCUCCUGCUGUCCCAAGCGCAGUCCACGAACAGCUGUGGAAUAAGCCUGCUCAACGAGAAGAACAUUGAGCGCAUCGUGGGAGGACAGCCAGCCGACGCCGGGGAGUAUCCAUGGCAAGUCUCCCUUCGCAAAGCUGGCCGUGACGGAAAGACGCGUCACUUCUGCGGCGGCGCGCUUAUCAGCAACCAGUGGGUAGCCACGGCAGCGCACUGCGUGGUCACGCAGUUCGGCAACGUCAUCGAGCCUGCGAGCACCAUCAAGGUACGCGUGGGCGAGCACGACCAGAGCGUGCUCGAAGGUGAGGAGAUCCAGGUGAACGCGCGCCAGAUCUUCAAGUACCGCGGCUACCAAGGCUACAACAACGACAUCGCGCUCAUCAAGCUCGCCAAAAGGGUGCGUCUCAGCCGCCGCGUGAGGCCCGUGUGCCUGCCGCACCGAGACGAAGUGUUCGAGGGAAACAACUGCGUCUCCACGGGAUGGGGUGCCACCACGUCUGGAGGUGGCGCUCCAUCGACGGUGCUUCGCGAAGUAAGCGUGCCGGUCUACAACAACGAUGUCUGCUACGGGCCCUAUGCGCGCAGGUUCCGCAUCAACAUCCGCAACUGGCAUCUGUGUGCCGGUGCCUUGGAAGGAGGCCGGGGAUCCUGUUAUGGCGACUCGGGCGGCCCGUUCCAGUGCAAACGCGCCGAUGGUAGCUGGGUGUUGGCCGGCCUAGUGUCCUUCGGUUCGGGCUGUGCGCACCGCGACUACCCCGAUGUGUACACCAGGGUAACUGAAUAUCUCGACUGGAUCGCUGAGACCACAGGAGGAGUCGUCAGCAGCUCCCGCUGGCUGCUCACCUGGGCUGGUGCCCUCGCCAACCUUCGUCACGGCGUCUUAUCGCCUCCGUUGCUUCCGCCGCCACUGCCGUUCGAGGCGUCCCGCCGAGGUCUCCGCCGGGGGGCGCCCCUGGCAGCAGUUGUUCCUGCGGGGCAGCGGGGAGGUGUGUGCGCGUGUGGCGGUCGGGGCUUCCCGCACGUGCCGCCGGCCGACACCCGAGCGCCAGAAGCUCAGAAGUCGAGACUGCAGGCGGGUGCGGCGGCACAGAUCUACGAGCACCACUGCGUUUCUUUCAACAAGACCUUGCUUCUGGGAAGACCAUUCUCGUUCGAGUUUCCCGACGACGACGGCUGCCGUACGCCUUUCAACGAGCCAGGCAGCUGCCUCGAACUGGCCAGGUGUCCAGCGCUUCAAUCAGUGCGAGACUACAACUUCCUGCGACGCUACAUCUGCGGGUUCUCGCGAAACGUGCCCUUGCUCUGUUGUCCGGGCGGCGGAGAGCAGAGGCCUCCGACACGCCCACCGACUCGUCCACAGACUCGACCUCCCACUCGACCUCAAACCCGGCCUCCUACCCGGCCUCAAACUAGGCCUCCAACUAGGCCUCCGACAAGGCCUCCGACAAGGCCUCCAGUUAGGCCUCCGACCCAACCGCCCAGGGACAACCUCGUCGAAGGACCCAGGAUUGCCAACUACCCGCGCUUCUUACCCGCUGCAUGUGGCAUGACGAAUGUCAGUGUGAGCCGUAUCGUUGGAGGCCGCGAGUCAGAACCAGGUGCAUGGCCUUGGAUGGCGGCUAUCUACAUCAACAGCGGUGGCGUGAACAGCGCUGCGUGUGGUGGAGCCCUGGUUACGGACAGGCACGUGGUGACCGCGGCACACUGCGUCGUCGUCGGACAUCGAGCCACGAACCUGCCGUCAUCUUCGUUCACGGUACGACUGGGCGACCACAACCUGGUGAGGAGCGACGACGCGGUCAGCCCUAUCGACAUCCCUGUGUCCAAGGUUGAACGGCACGCCGACUUCGUGGCACGCACCUUCAAGAAUGACGUGGCCGUGCUCACAAUGGAACGUCCAGUGAGGUUCAACAAGUUUGUGAGGCCAGUCUGCUUGCCGUAUGGCGAUGACUUCAAGACGCGGGACCUUAACGGAUACCACGCGUUCGUCACCGGAUGGGGAACCACGGCAUUCAACGGGGAGUCGAGCGACGUGCUGAAAGAAGCGCAGAUCAAGAUAUGGGAUGAAGAAUCGUGCAAGAAAGCCUUCCAGAAAGAAGUACCCAUUUCCAGCGUUUACCUGUGUGCGGGCGACGGCAAUGGACGCCAGGACUCUUGCCAGGGUGACUCCGGAGGUCCGCUGGUGUUGCCGGACGAUGGCCGGUUCUUCCUCAUCGGCGUCGUGUCGUUCGGCAAGCGCUGUGCGACGGUCGGCUAUCCUGGAGUCUACACAAGAUUGACCGAGUUCUUGCCAUGGCUAACCGAAAGGCUACAGUAAAGACGAGCAGUGACAUCACUCCUGCGGAGGGCACACUCCACCAUGCUGCGGAGACGCUUGCCCAUGCCCGCUGCUCCUGGCCGGCCCACCACCAGGAGGCAGAACGGGGCGUCGUGAAGUGAAUGCGAGCACAUGGACGAAAGUGAGGCGUGAUCUGACGCAGCGGAAACUAGGCGUCCAUUGCUGUGCCUUACGGUGUCCCAUGAACACGCCAUAGCUUCAACUCCCCCUGUGACAUGUGAUUACGUCAGCAAGUUAUUGGGGCACUCCGUUUCACUUCGCGAGUACGGUCGCAUCAGCCGCUCUUCUUUCAAAAAGCAAAAAGAAAAGCGAUUUCAUUUGAGCUUUCCCUCUGUACGGAAAGCACUAAUGCUACUAUGAUUUUCUUCUUCCAUUCAGCUAACGCAGCAGAUAAACGUCUUUAUUUUUCCCUACAAAGUGUGUCACGAUGCUGCAGGAGGCAGCCUUGUUGAAUCGCAGCUGGCACGAUCACCUAGCAAUUUUUAUCUCACGCCGUUGCACAUUUCCGUGAAUUUGUUUUAGUAUUUACUAGUCUAUAAAAGUGAUCAUGAGAAGCGUUGGUUAUCAGGUUUGCAAGGGCAAAUUAGGCUGUAAGAUGAAACGGUGGUGAAAAAGGCAGAUGUUCUUUAUAGCAAUUAGCGUCAAUGUUGCAACGGUAUUUUACGCCCAGCAACGAUGUAUCAUUUAUUCUUCUAGCUCGUAAUACUCAUGAUUUUUUUUUACUCUUUUUCGAAUCAAGACGGUGGUACGAGCUGCAGGCAAACAUUCUGUUUGCUUACAUCACAUCAGCAUACUGAUAUCAUGCUUACAAAACAUUGUACGGAAAUCGUGACGUAAAAGCAAAGCCUAAGCUUACAUGCUUGUACAAAUGAAAGAUGGAGAAAAAACCACGGCGCAUAAACCGGGGAUAAGCCGAGAAGAAAACCGAAUAAAAGCACGGUUGUCGUUUUUCCUCUAAACAUGUUUUUAUAUUUCACGCCAUUUCGUCAGGUGUAAGCUUUCUUUCAAGCACCGAUGUAAGAAAUCAGCUCGUCUUUUUGCAUUCAUUCGCGUGCAAGAAAUUAGUCUGCUUCAUUCUUUCUAUUGUUUGUGUUUAUUUAUUGCUACCUGUAUUAAUUGCUGUGCAUCAUCCGGUUCGUUGACAAAAUGCAGUGCCUCGUAACUCGAAAAGGCAUAAAAUUGCCGAUGCCACAUAUAGUAGAACACGUCAUUAGUUCAUUCAUUAUUUGUUCGACACCAGAAGUUGCGUGGCAGGAGGCCACCUGUGUAUUAUCUUGCACGAUGAAUUGGGUCUCGCUGGUUCACUAUGGCUGUGUUGUAGCUCCAAGCACAAAUAACUUCACGCAGCUGUGAAGCAACGUAUUACACCACCCACUUGUUCUUGACAUCAUUAUGAUGUCACACGCAAGAUGGCGAGGAGGGCUAGUUGGUUGAGAUUCAUUAUAAACCGUGCCACGGUGAAAAUCACGGGCACCUAAAGAAGGCGGCAGUACAGUACUAUUGACUUGAUUUUUAAGCUCCUGUGCCUAUUCAUUGUAUCCCGCUUACGGCUUGUUUUCCUCUCCCGACGAGCAAGCGUGAUGCUUCAGCGCUACGCAACUGGAGAUUGCCUUUUCCCAUCAUGCAAUUUUCUUCUGGACGCCUCUAGGGCAUGUUUUACUUGCAUCAAUUCGUGGUGAGACCACUAGAUGCUACAAAGAUGAGGUUUCGAAAACUUUGGGGUAUUCACAUUAUAAGGAUUUUUCAGUACGCUGAUAAGUGCGAAACUUUUGUUAGAUUGCCAUAGAUUUUUCUGAAUUGUCAAAUGCAUUCGUCAUUGUAUUCGCAAUGAACAUCCCAACGUUCACGUUAGUGAACCUUUGGAGCUAACCAUUGUUGAACGUGCAAAAAUGUAAUAAAACUGCAUUUGAAACUUUGUUUAA